AUGAGGAAGUAUUCGAGCUUAGACACUGACGAUAAAGAUUCGGUGGAGUCUUUGCUCCGCGGGAACACAAGAACGUGCCACGAAAGCGAGAGGUUUCAAGACUUUGCUGACAGCCAGCGCACGCCUGCUCGCAGUGUGGUUAGGUAUAAAGGGAAACACUUAAAUCCGGAGAAGCCCGGACACUUCAAUGGAAAACCGACUUCCGAACUGGCCGCAGAUUGGAAGGGCAUCAUGCAGCAUCAGAAUGUCCGUUUACAGAGGCACGAACUCGGUCCCUUCUCUGACGACGACAACGUCAUUCAUCUUGUCGAUGGAUCAGGUUACUAUGCUACAUUAGCUGUGUUUCACGGGUUGCAUUGCCUCAAACGAUUCCAUCACUACAUUCAUCGGGAUUCCUAUUAUUCUAACAUGACUGAUGAGGACACUGCACGCCUUUUGUAUCAUACUGGUGAACAAAAACACCCCUUGGCGGUCGACAAGGCGAAACAUCAACGUGUAAAGUGGGAGCCCCUGGAGCACUGGGCAUCAGAGCAUUCAUUUGAUGCCUUCCAACAAGGGCUGCUUGUACAUCCUUUGUUUGGCAAAGACAGCCAACGGCUUGCACAUUUGGAGGUUCAGAAUGCUAAUCGGGUUAUAGGAGACCCAUACACUGGAGAGAAACCGGAUACGAUUGGAAUUGCCGUGGGUGAUCACCCCCUGGACUUAGGGCAUGAGGGCCACUGGUAG